GAACAGGGGGGCCUGCUUAACGUGGAAAGGACACUCUCUGGUAAUAGUGAGGUGGAGUCCUCUGGCCUCCUCCCUGCUUAUCCAGUCUGUGUUCCACAAGGCCGAUGGGAAGAAAGAGGAGGAGGAGAAGAAGAGGAAAUCCGAGACAGGGUGUUGCGUUCAUGUUGCACAGCAGAGGUCAGCAUUGAGCAGGCAAGUCCAAGCUCCAUGUUGGAGUACCGGGUGUACUUAGAUAACCAGCACAACAUGGCCGACUGUCCUGUCAUCACCCCUGCUGCCACUCCAGUAACCCACAGGCCUUGUCCAUUCAUACCUGUUCCUGGUUCAGUGACAGCUGCUGCUACUGCAGUGAGCUCUGUGGUUAAAUCCGUGGUGUCCAGCCCCAUGAUGGACACCUCUGCUCCCAUUAGUUCUAUGUGCAGUCCCACCAGUUCAGCCUGGGACACUCUCAGAUCCACAUCCAUGAGUCCCGGCUGCUCUGACCAGGAUCCUGUCAGUGCUGCAGCUCAUCUCCACCUGUUGGGAGAAUCCUUGUCCCUGAUUGGACUCCAUCUUCAGGAGACAAAUAAAACGGUGAGCAUGUCGAGCAGCUUGUCUCUGCUCUUGGACUCUCUGCUUUGUGCUCUGGCUCCUCUCCUCUGCCUCACCGCACAGAUACCAGAGCUGAGGAGCUGCACUCAGCACACACUGCCCUCCACUUUGGAAAACAUUUCCUAUGUGAUGCCCGGGUUGUGAGUGACGAUGAAGACCCCACUGACAGCAAACAGCACGUUCUGAUACUGAAAGACACUGUAGGUCAGUUUACAUCUGGAAAAAACAUCUUAAAUCUGUUUUGUUGUACAAGAAUAUUUGUUUGCACUAUUGAAAUUAUUUCAGUGAUAUUACAAUCAUUCAAGUUGACUUUAACAUGU